AUGGACGGCACCAAGACGGCGGCGCGGGAUGCUCCGGAGUGGCAGGUGAGGAUGCCGCCGACGCAAGACGCGUCGUCGUCAGGUCCGGGGCCAGAGCGUGUGUGGGCACGGAUGGUCUCCUGCGCGACCGCGCUCGAAGCCAAGGUGUCCGGCUUCGCCAAGAAGGUCGUCUGGAGGAUCGGCGCGGACGAUCGCCGGAAGCCGGCGCACGGCGUCGAAGUGGCCACCGCGCUCGGCACCAAGACGGCGGCGCGGGAUGCUCCGGCGUGGCAGGCGACGAUGCCGCCGGCGGAAGACGCGCCGUCGUCGUCGUCGGCAGAGCGCGCGUGGGCACGGUUGGUCUCCCGCUCGACCGCGCUCGAAGCCAAGGUGUCCGGCUUCGCCAAGAAGGUCGUCUGGAGGAUCGGCGCGGACGAUCGCCGGAAGCCGGCGCACGGCGUCGAAGUGGCCACCGCGCUCGGCACCAAGACGGCGGCGCGGGAUGCUCCGGCGUGGCAGGCGACGAUGCCGCCGGCGGAAGACGCGCCGUCGUCGUCGUCGGCAGAGCGCGCGUGGGCACGGUUGGUCUCCCGCUCGACCGCGCUCGAAGCCAAGGUGUCCGGCUUCGCCAAGAAGGUCGUCUGGAGGAUCGGCGCGGACGAUCGCCGGAAGCCGGCGCACGGCGUCGAAGUGGCCACCGCGCUCGGCACCAAGACGGCGGCGCGGGAUGCUCCGGCGUGGCAGGCGACGAUGCCGCCGGCGGAAGACGCGCCGUCGUCGUCGUCGGCAGAGCGCGCGUGGGCACGGUUGGUCUCCCGCUCGACCGCGCUCGAAGCCAAGGUGUCCGGCUUCGCCAAGCAGGUCUGGAAGAUUGGGGCGGACGAUCCCCGGAAGCCGGCGUACGGCGUCAAAGUGGCCACCGCGCUCACCCUGGUCUCCCUCCUCUACUACGUCAGGCCGCUCUACGACGGCGUCGGCGGCACCGCCGUGUGGGCCAUCAUGACAGUCGUGCUAGUCUUCGAGUACACCGUUGGCGGUGUCAUGUACAAGGUGCUCAAUAGACUUGCGGGGACGACCAGCGGGGCUGUGCUCGCUCUGGGAACGCACUGGAUAGCGAGCAAAUCCGGCGAAAGGUUGGAGCCGUUCGUCACCGGUGGAUCGGUUAUCAUGCUGGCUGCUGCGGCCACCUUCUCGCGGUUCAUACCGACGGUGAAGGCGCGGUUCGACUACGGCGUGACCGUCUUCGUCAUGACGUACAGCUUCGUCGCCGUGUCGGGGUACCGCGUCGGCGACCUGGCGGCGCUGGUGCUGGACCGGAUAGUCACCAUCGCCAUCGGCAUCAUCAUAUGCCUCGCCGUCUGCGGGCUCAUCUGCCCGGUGUGGGCCGGCCAGGAGCUGCACCUCCUCACCGCGCGCAACAUGGAGAAGCUCGCGUCCUCCGUGGAGGCCUGCGUCGAGGACUGCUUCGCGGAUCCCGCGGCGAAGCGCGCGGAGGCGGCGGCGGCCGCCAAGUCGGAGGGGUACAAGAGCGUGCUCGGCGCCAAGGCGUCCGAGGACUCGCAGGCCAAUCUAGCGCGCUGGGAGCCCCCUCACGGCCGGUUCGGCUUCCGCCACCCGUACCACCAGUACACCGAGGUCGGCGCCGCCAUGCGCCAGUGCGCGUACUGCGUCGAGGCGCUCAGCGGCUGCGCCGGCGCGUCGUCGCGGCGCGAGCGGGCCCCGGUUCUCAUCGCCGACGCGUGCGCGAAGGUCGGGGCGCGGUGCGCGCGGGUGCUCAAGGAGGCGUCCACCUGCGUCGCCACGAUGACGACGUCCCGUCGCCUCGCCUUCGCCGUGGCGAGCUUGAACACCGCCGUGCAAGAGCUGCAGAGCGACCUGCGGGCUCUCCCGUCCAGCCCGGCCGAGGAAACCGCCGAGACGUCGCUGGCAGAGGACAUGCAGCUCUUCACCGUGGCCCUGCUGCUCAUUGAGAUCGCCGCGAGGAUCGAGCCUGUCGUCCACGCCGUCGGCACGCUGGCGACUCUCGCGAGGUUCAAGCCAGCCGACGACGUGGACGGCGCCGAUAAGCUAGAAGCAGAGAUGGAACGUUUGGACGGUGCGGACGCGCGCCUUGACAGAAUCAACAGACUAUAG